CUUCUCCAAACAUCUAACUCUAUAAAUAGGCGUACUUACUUGGUAGAACAUCAAAGCAAAAACAACCAUAGAGAUCCUCUUACAAUCAAUCAAGUCCUACAUUCAAUGGAAAGCAUUAGAAGUUUAGUUGCUGACAAUCCAGUGGUGAUUUUCAGCAAAAGCACUUGCUGCAUGAGCCAUUCAAUUCAAACGCUGAUCUCAGGAUUUGGGGCAAAGAUGACAGUGUACGAGCUUGACCAGCUGUCAAACGGUCAGGAGAUGGAGAAAGCAUUAAAACAGAUGGGGUGUAAUCCCAGUGUACCAGCUGUGUUCAUAGGCGAACAGUUAAUCGGUGGGGCUAACCAGGUAAUGACUCUCCAAGUCAAGAACCAACUAGCCGCAUUGCUAAAAAGAGCUGGAGCCAUAUGGGUUUAAGUCCAAGUGACGAGAAGAUUAUAUAUAUACAUACUUGUUUUGCCUUUUUUGGGUUUCUACCAUGCAUGCACUGUUAUGUUUUGAACAAGUGCAAAUGUGCUAUAUCAAUUACAAUACAUGUUAAAUCAAUCUAAUGUAAGCUGAAGAAAUGUAUCAGCAAUGCUUAUUAAUAAAUUAAUAGAGAAAAGUUUUGCUUUUUCGUGGAUA